AUGGGGGCACAAAAGAAAAAGAACAAGUCUGAUGCUGUUCCAUUAGAUUUAGAUAAUAUUAAACCAUUGGAACAUUUGCAGGCUGUUCCUAAAGCUAGAUCAUCAUCAAUCACUUCAGUUGAAUCAGUUGAAGAGCCAGGUGUUGUGAAGCAAGUUUUGGUUCCACCCACUAUUCGUGAAUUUGAUGAAUUGGAACAAUUUGAAGCGUUUGUUCGUGAUGAAACUUGGGAUAAUGAGUUUGAUUAUUUCCAUGGUAGAUUACAUUACUAUCCACCAUUUGUCAUGAAGGAAUGCCAUGAUGAUGUUGAAAAGAUUAAACCAACUACAAAUAAGAAUUCGAAAAAGUUUAAGCGUAACUUGCAACACCACAUUCAAAAACAUUUGAUUAAAGAUUUGCAAAAGUGUUGUGGUUAUGAAUUGAAUUUUGACAAGGGGGAAAUGACUGAAUCGUUUGAUAAAUUGUCUUGGACUUUUAAAGAUGAAACUGAUCAUGGUUUUAGUAAAGAAGAAGAGGAUUUGUAUGAUAGACAUUGGAAAUUGCAAUUGGAUGUCACUUGUACCAAUGAUUCUGCCAUGGUUGAUGUUGAUUUCAAAGCUAUUCCAAUCUUACAUUAA